UAUAAAAGAAGACGAAAAGUUAGGUUAUAGAAUUUUUCAAAUCAGAAAUAAAUUUUAUCUAAGUAAAAAUAAAUGGCUCUAAGGAAAAUACUAUUCAAUUCUGUUAAUUUUCAAAAAUUAUUUCAACCUGUCAUAAUACAAUGUAAUCAUAUUCAUAGUUCGUCGACGAACCAUGCAUGGACAAACCAGGAAAGAAACACAAAAAAAUGGUUGAAGUAUAAUGAAAAAGUGUAUCCGCCUCAACAACCAGAUGAGGAAACAAGAAAAGCAUUUGUUUGCCAUCAAAGGACAAAUAUUAAAUACAGUCCAUGGAAGAUGUGGUACAUAGCUUGCUUAAUUAGGGGUAUGCCAGUAGACGAGGCUAUCAAACAGUUAAAGUUUGUAGUUAAAAAGGGGGCAAAAGACGUUAGGGAAGUCCUGGAAGAAGCCAAGGAGUUAGCUGUUAAGGAACACAAUGUGGAGUUUGCCAGUAACUUAUGGGUUGCUGAAUCGUUUGUGGGGAAGGGUGCUGUCAUUAAAGGUAUGAGAAGGCAUGCUAGGCAAAGGUUUGGAAUAGUUGAAUAUGUCCAUUGCCACUACUUUGUUAGGCUAGAAGAAGGUCAACCACCAGAACAUUAUUAUUUAUCACAUCCCAAAGAACCGCAUGAACAAUUAGAGGAUUGGUUAGCUCAAAUGAGAAGAAGGAAAAUCACCAAUUCAUUGUAAUUUUAGUGUAGAUAUCUAAAUAAAUGUUUCCUAUAUGAA